AUGUUUGGAGAGGAGAGACGGGCAGCACCUAGGGUUUUCUGCGAUGUCUUCUCCACAGUCCGCCACGGUUGUUUCCCCACCCGCAAAAAUGCUGAGGAGGUGGAAUUUGGGCGGAGAAAUGGUUCAGAGUUGUGUUCAGGCCAGUUCAGCUUCCCCUCAACACACAAUGUUCCGUGGAUUGCCGACGGCAGUUCCACAAGUUCAUGUGCAGAGCAUUCGGCCACCAUGCGGUCUGCCGAGUUCAGGCACACGUUCGCAAGCUCAAUGCCGAGGGCGCAGAAAGCCAAAAACAAAAUAAAGACACAGAGAAAAGCGAAAGCUCAAAGCCGAGAGACGGGCCAGUCUCUGAGCCAAACAGAUUCUGGCCAAAUUUCUCUCUGGCCACAAGAGGGCGCCAGCACUCCAUCAGUGGGGCCGGUUCGGCAGCAGCCUCUGUCUCUUCACCCGGAGGCCUGGAUAGAGUGUUCUCCGCACCCCAUCUGUGGCAACGAGGAUUCGGCUCAGGUGCUGGAGGCAGAGAUAUCCUCCCUCAUGGGGAAGGGAGCUAUAAGACGAGUUCCAGUGGAGGAAACUCAGACGGGUUUUUACUCACGUUACUUUCUAAUCCCAAAGAAAGAUGGGAGUCUGCGCCCAAUACUGGACCUGCGUGCUUUAAACAAGCACUUGAGGAAGUACAAAUUCAAGAUGCUCACAAACGAAGUGUUCGAAUUUGUUACUCUUCCAUUCGGGCUCAGUCUAGCUCCGCGGGUGUUCAGCAGAUGCAUGGAAGCAGCGCUGUCUCCGCUGAGACACAAGGGUCUGCGCAUAUCCGCUUAUCUGGACGAUUACCUGAUAUGCGCCCGCACACGCGAGCGCGCGGAGCGGGAUGCAGAGACUCUUUCGUCUCAUCUCACAAGGCUGGGAUUCAGAAUCAACAACGCCAAAAGCCAGCUGAUUCCGUCCCAGGAGAUAGAGUAUCUGGGCCUGCGCCUAGACUCGAACCUGUCUCCGUCUGAUGGGCAUGAUGGCUUCAUCUCUGUCUGUGAUCCCACUGGGUUUAUUAAAGAUGAGAGAUUUUCAGCGUUGGAUUUCCGCGAGGCGCCUGCGCCCGCGCAGGCACCUCGCGCGCAGGGUACGGGUAUCCACGGAGUGUGUGAUGGCUCUCCACCACUGGAAAAACCCCUGCAUAUUCCGAUCAGGGGCUCCGCUGGGGAGCGUGUCUCUGAGAAAAGUCGUCACUACGGACGCAUCCCUAACGGGAUGGGGAGCCGUAUUUCAGGGCAGAUCGGUGAACGGUCGUUGGACACACCGACUGCGCGAGCUUCACAUAAACAUGCUGGAGCUGAUGGCAGUUUUUCUGGCUUUAAAACAUUUUCUACCAUUCUUGAAGGGUUUUCAUGUUUUAGUCAGGACGGACAACACAACGGUGGUGGCGUACAUCAACCGCCAAGGGGGAACGCGAUCGUUGCAGCUGCACAAUCUAGCGCGCAAGCUGAUUGUCUGGAGCGCCGCUCACUUGAGCUCACUGCGCGCGACGCACGUCCCGGGAGUCAGAAAUGUGGGGGGCGGUCUUCUGUCGAGGGGCAACCCGACGUACGGAGAAUGGGUUCUCCACCCGCAGGUGGUGAAUCAAAUUUGGGAGAUGUACGGCAAGGCUGCCGUAGAUCUCUUCGCCUCGCGGGCAAACGCAAAAUGUCCGCUGUAUUUCUCUCUCGAGGACGAGGAUGCGCCGUUGGGUGUGGAUGCGCUGGCGCACCCGUGGCCAAACGUGCUGCUGUAUGCAUUCCCACCGUUAAGUCUAAUUUCUCCCACCCUGGACAGAGUAAGAGAAAGCGGGUUGUCUCUCCUUCUAAUAGCCCCCCGUUGGCCGGGCAGGCUGUGGUUGGCAGAGAUCGCCGAACUUCUGCAAGGAGAGCCCUGGCCGCUCCCGCUGCGACGGGACCUGCUGUCACAAGCGGGGGCACAGAUAUUUCACCCUCACCCAGAACAAAUCAACCUUUGGGUCUGGCCCGUGAAGGGUUAAAUCUAAAUGCUCUCGGGCUUCCACGGGAGGUCAUAAGCACUAUCCAGAGCGCUAGGGCUCCUUCAACGCGCUCACUGUACGACCUGAAAUGGCGUGUGUUUGAGGACUGGUGCACUAGUGAAGGGCUUAUCCCCUUCCAGUGCUCGGUGAGAGAUAUUCUCUGCUUUUUGCAAAGCUUACUGGAUAAUGGGAGAGCGUUCUCUACCAUUAAAGUUUACCUGGCCGCUAUUUCCGCUUGCCAUGUAGGGUUCGAAGGGGUUUCAGUGGGACGGCACCCCCUUAUAUGCCGUUUUAUGAAAGGAGUGAAGCGCGUGAGACCAGCGGUGAAACGGCUGGUCCCGUCAUGGGAUCUGUCUCUCGUUCUGGACGCUUUAACUCGAGCCCCUUUCGAACCUCUGGAGGAUAUUCCUAUUAAGCUCAUAUCACUGAAGACGGCCUUACUACUCGCUCUAGUCUCAGCUAAGCGAGUGGGCGAGCUGCAUGCUUUGUCGGUGCAUCAAGCGUGCAUGGAUUUUAGCCGGGAUGAUGACAGGGUUAAACUGCUACCAAACCCGGCAUUCGUUCCCAAGGUCAGUGAUUCUGCUUAUAACUGUUCUGCUAUUGAGUUGCAUGCCUUUCACUCCCCUCCGCAUUUGUCAGCGGAGGAGAGUAAGUUACACACUUUGUGUCCCGUACGGGCGUUACGCCUCUACGUGAACAGGACGCGAUCGUUUAGGAGAAGCGAUCAGUUAUUUGUGUCAUGGGCCACUCGCCGUAAGGGUGAGGCUGUUUCAUCUCAACGGCUCUCGCACUGGAUAGUGGAGGCGAUCGAACUGGCCUAUACAUCUAGGGGUCUUCGUUCCCCAGAGGGUUUAAGAGCUCAUUCUUCAAGAGGUAUCGCUACCUCAUGGGCUUUGUUCAGAGGGAUUUCGGUAAGAGAUAUUUGUAAAGCGGCAAGUUGGUCUUCCCCGCAUACAUUUAUCAGGUUUUACCGCCUUGACGUCACCGCGCCUUCAUUGGCUCACGCGGUUCUUAAUGUGUGUCCCUUAUAAGCUUGAAAGGUUGUCUUUCUACCGAUUCUGUCCGGGGCUUCGGAAAGCAUGCGUUACGGGAGUGGUAUAUAUCAUUCCCAUAGUGAGAUACCGA